AGAUAGUAAAUAAACUUUCGGUUACACUAGAAGAGAGAGAGAGAGUGUGUGUUAGCAAUUAGCAUAGUUGAGUUGAAUUGCGAGAGUAAUGGCGAAGCACGAGGAGCUUCCGAUCCCGAUUUACGAUAACCUAGAGCCUGUCUAUGGCGGUGGUUCCUCGCUCGAAGAAGCUCAGCUUCGUUUCGAUACUUUUAAGUCCAAAUUCCUUGAAAUCUUCGGCCAUCCUCCUCAAAUCUUCGCUCGCUCACCUGGGAGAGUGAACUUGAUCGGGGAGCACAUUGAUUAUGAAGGUUAUUCGGUGUUGCCUAUGGCUAUUCGGCAAGACACAAUCAUGGCCAUUCGGAGAAACGAGUCUGAAAAGGUUCUUAAGAUCGCUAACGUGAAUGGUGGAAAAUAUUCUGUUUGCACUUAUCAUGCUGAUCCUCUCCAGGAAAUCGACUUGAGGAAUCACAAAUGGGGCCAUUAUUUUAUUUGUGGGUACAAAGGUUUCUAUGACUAUGCAAAAUUGAAAGGAGUGAACGUUGGUGAACCCAUUGGACUUGAUGUUCUUGUUGAUGGAAUAGUGCCGACAGGUUCUGGACUAUCAAGCUCUGCAGCGUUUGUUUGUUCAUCCACAAUUGCUAUUAUGGCUGCUUUUGAUGUGAACUUCCCAAAGAAAGAAAUUGCACAAGUUACAUGUGAUUGUGAACGACAUAUUGGGACACAAUCUGGUGGGAUGGAUCAGGCAAUCUCUGUCAUGGCAAAAACUGGGUUUGCAGAGCUGAUUGAUUUCAACCCAAUUCGUGCAACAGACGUGCAACUUCCUGCUGCUGGAACUUUUGUGAUAGCUCAUUCUUUGGCAGAGUCUCAGAAGGCUGUUACUGCUGUCACAAAUUAUAAUAAUAGGGUUGUUGAAUGCCGUUUGGCUUCUAUCGUGCUUGCUAUAAAGCUAGGAAUGGAUCGAAAGGAGGCAAUAUCAAAAGUGAACACGCUGUCUGAUAUUGAAGGAUUAUGUGUAUCAUUUGCUGGUACUCGUAACUCUUCUGAUCCUGUACUUGCUGUAAAGGAAUAUUUGAAGGAAGAACCGUAUACAGCUGAACAAAUUGAAGAAGUUACCGGAGAAAAGCUGGCUUCAUUUUUGAACAAUAAUGCAGCGUAUUUAGAAGUUGUAAAAGUUGCAAAGCAUUACAAGUUACAUCAGAGAGCUGCUCAUGUGUAUUCAGAAGCCAAGAGAGUACAUGCUUUCAAGGAUGUCGUGUCCUCAGAUCUAAGCAACGAGGAGAUGCUAAAGAAGCUUGGCGACCUUAUGAACGAGAGUCAUCAUAGCUGCAGCGUUUUAUAUGAAUGCAGCUGUCCAGAGUUGGAAGAACUUGUAAAUAUUUGUCGUAAAAAUGGUGCUCUUGGGGCAAGGCUAACCGGAGCUGGAUGGGGUGGUUGUGCUGUUGCUUUGGUGAAAGAGAGCAUAGUCCCACAAUUUAUCCUUAAUUUGAAGGAAUGUUUCUACCAGUCUAGGAUUGACAAGGGCGUUAUUAAGAAGAACGAUCUUGGCCUUUAUGUAUUUGCUUCCAAGCCAUCGAGUGGUGCUGCUAUCUUUAAGUUUUAGUGAUCUUCGAGUCGUUUCGCAUCCGAUGGCUGAAACUUUUUUUUUUCUUCUUAAGAUCUAAAUAAAGACUAGAUGCAAUUUCUGAUGUAGUAAGAUUAAAUUUUACCCUAUUUUCUUUGUUAAGUUAUUUUAGUUGAUUCAACCAAAACAAAUAAUGAUAUUGCCGAUCGGCAUUGAAGCCAUCUUCUGUAAUGGAAAAAUAAAUGUUAUCACGAAAACAGCGUUUAAACUCUGAA